AGGCCUGCGUGGUUGAACAGGGACCUGUUGGGUAUGCUCAAGCAGAAGAGGAGAGUUUGCAGGUCAUGGAGGCAGGGGCUGGCCACUUGGGAGGAAUAUAAGGCUGCUGUUAGAGGAUGCAGGAAGGCAGCUAGGAUAGCCAAGGCCCCCUAGAAUUACAGCUGGCGAGAGGGGUCAAGGACAGCAAAAAGAACUUUUUCAAAUACAUAGCAGAUAAAACUAACACCAGAGGCAAUGUAGGCCCACUGAUGAACGGGGUGGGUGCCCUGGUGGCAGAAGAUACAGAGGAGGCAGAAUUCCUGAAUGCCUUCUUUGUCUCUGUCUACUCUGCCGGAGGCCGUCCUGGGGAGCCCUGUACCCCUGAGACCCCGGAUGAAGCCAGGUCAGUGGAGGAGUUUGCUUUAGUCGAUGAGGACUGGGUUAGGGAGCAAUUAAAUAGUCUGGACAUCCAUAAAUCCACGGGUCCGGAGGGGAUGCACCCGCGGGUGCUGAGGGAGCCGGCUGAAGUCACUGCUGGACCGCUCUCCGUCAUCUUUGCCAAGUCUUGGGAAACAGGGGAGGUGCCCGAGGACUGGAGGAAAGCAAAUGUCACUGCAGUCUUCAAAAAGGGCAAGAAGGAGGACCCGGGUAAUUACAGACCGGUCAGCCUCACCUCUGUCCCUGGGAAAGUAAUGGAACAGCUUCUCCUUGGUGCCAUCUCAAGGCAUCUCAAGGAUAAGAGGGCUAUUAGGGGCAGUCAGCAUGGCUUUACCAAGGGUAAGUCGUGCUUGACCAACCUCAUAGCCUUUUAUGAGAAUGUAACAAGGUGGAUGGACGAUGGCAGAGCGGUGGAUGUGGUCUAUACCUUGACUUCAGUAACGCCUUUGCCACAGUCUCCCACAGCAUCCUCACAGCUCAGUUGAGGAGGUGUGGUCUGGACAAUAGAGCAGUGAGGUGGGUUGCAAACUGGCUUAAGGAGAGAAGCCAGAGAGCGGUAGUCAAUGGUGCGGAGUCCAGCUGGAGGCCAGUAUCCAGUGCAGUGCCUCAGGGGUCAGCGCUGGGGCCAAUGUUAUUCAAUAUAUUCAUUAACGAUUUGGACGAGGGAAUAGAGUGCACUAUCGGCAAGUUUGCUGAUGACACCAAGCUGGGAGGGGUGGCUGACACGCCAGAAGGCUGUGCUGCCAUCCAGAGACCUGGACAGGCUGGAGAGUUGGGCGGGGAAUAACCUGAUGAAAUUUAACAAGGGCAAGUGUAGAGUCCUGCACCUGGGCAGGAACAAGCCCAGGUUCCAGUGUAGGUUGGGAAAUUACAUAUUAGAGAGCAGUGUAGGGGAAAGGGACCUGGGGGUCCUGGUGGACAGCAGGGUGACCAUGAGCCAGCACUGGGCCCUUGUGGCCAGGAAGGCCAAUGGUACCUGGGGUGUAUUAGAAGGGGGGUGGCUAGUAGAUCGAGAGAGGUUCUCCUUCCCCUCUACUCUGCCCUGGUGAGACCACAUCUGGAAUAUUGUGUCCAGUUGUGGCCCCUCAGUUCCAGCAGGACAGGGAACUGCUGGAGAGGGUCCAGCGUAGGGCAACCAAGAUGAUUAAGGGAGUGGAGCAUCUCCCUUAUGAAGAAAGGCUGAGGGAGCUGGGGCUCUUUAGUUUGGAGAAGAGGAGACUAAGGGGGGACCUCAUUAAUGUUUAUAAAUAUAUAAAGGGUGAGUGCCAUGAGGAUGGAGCCAGGCUCUUCUCGGGGGCAAACAAUGAUAGGACAAAGGGUAAUGGGAGCUGGAGGAGGGGAUUGCUUUGGGGGCUUCAUCAGGGGUCUGGGACAUGCAGAGGCAGGGGGCCCAGCGGCUGUGUGCCCCCAAUCCAGGGUGCCCCCAUAGCCAUGACCUGGGUGCCGACAGCUGCCUCUGGCCAUUGAUUUCUUCGUUAUUUGCGUCCCCUUCGCUCUCCCGCCCCGCUGCAGCGAUGCUGGUGGGAGGGGGCGUUAAGAAACCCCCCCCACCCAGCACCCACCCCUGUGCUGCUGCUCCUUCUCUCUAGAUUUAUAUAUAUUAAAUAUAUAUUUUUAAAAAAUGAGGGGAGAAAAGACCAUCUAGAGGCUCUCAAGGGCCAGUGCCCUCCCCAGCAGUGUGUGCCCCCCACCCUAGAAAUAAUACCUAGAAAAUUGUUCCAGUGCGAUUCUCAGGGGAGCCCCCGCUCCCAACACCCUGGCCCGGGACCCCCCUGACCCCCCCACCUCCGCCAACCCAGUCUGGUCUCUGGCUGUCCAUGGUGGCCGUGGCUUUCUGGGGGGCAGGGGGUGGUGGAGGCCGUGGGCGGUGGGUGAGGAGGGGGCAGCCAGGCGGGCUGGGGGUUGUGGGUGAGGAAGCCCAGUAGGGACUGAAGCUCCCGGGGGCACAGGCCAUGGAGGUGAUGGGGCUGAUGCUGCUCUGUGGCUCUCGGGGGUUCGCAGCUUGGAGAACGUGGCCAGAGCGUCGGGGAAGUUGGGUGGCGUGGCCGGUGUGUUGCUGGGGGUGCACAUCUGCGGGGGUGUCAGAUCGGCCAUGGAUGGUUUUUGGAGUCCCAACCUGCCAACUCCCCAUCACUGAAGAUCUGGCUGCAUCCCGCACCAGGGGAUGCUCGAAGGCCAGCUCUGGUGGGUAUUGGGGUACCCAGCGCUGCAGGGUCUGGGUGGCACCCCCAGAACGUGGGGGCUGCCUGGGGAGGAUCUCCAGCCCAGGCAGGGCCAGCUUGGGCUGCGAAGAACAGUUUGGACCAUCCAGGGUGCUUAGAGCGCUGGGGUGCAGCGGGUUUGGGGAGGGGACACUGCUCUGAUGCCAGCUGCCCUGGGCAGGGAUGAGGUGAUGCAAUGAGGACCAGCACGAUGGGUGGGGAGAGUUUUGGGGUCCCUCAGGACCCUCUUCACCCGGCUCCCUGUCCCCUGCUCCACUUCGCACCCCAUUAGGACACAGAAAGUCAGGCAGGGCCCCCGGGACACGAGGCGCUGGCCGGGCCCCUCGCGGUUCCCGGCACGGCCCCUGCUUUCUGAGCACUGAGCUGAAUUUAGUGCCCUCCCCACCUCCCCCCCGGACAGACCCGGCCCUUUUUGAGGCCAGUCUUGCCAAAAACCCCAGGAGCUCACGAUGAAAAUGAGAAGUUAAAUGAUUUCUCACAACACCAUUCAACACAAGAACCGAGAGGUUUUUGACACCUGCUUCCUUGUCGGUGUCCUACUGAGCACUAGCACAAAGCCAAGAGUGUUGCUCAGCAGCACCAACCGCGUCUGCCAGGAAUUAAUCUUCAACAUGAACCAGGGGCAGCAGAAGGCAAUCACCAGCACCACAGACAGCAAAGGAGAAGUCUGCAAGAUCCCAUAAGGCUGGAAUAGACUGUUGGCAUCUGCUCUCCACGGCAAAAGUGGAGGAGAGCGUAGAGGGAAAAGAAAUGAAAGUCAUUGACAGUGAAAAAUGCGUGGCGAAACACAGGAGGUUCUGACACAAGAAGACCCUCCCAGGAGCAAGCCAUGACUUCUGGAUCCAGCAUCUCUGGCCCGGGAUGAACGCUUGCCCAUUGCCGUGCGGCCACUUGGGGUGCAAAACUGGGGUUUGAGAGGGGCUGUUGCCCCCCAGUGUCUUGCUCUGCCUGGAGAUGUCUGUGCAGAGGUCCCUGGACAGGACGCCUCUUCCUCAGUCAGCGCUGGCAAAGGCCAUCUGGGGACACGCUCCGUCCUCUGGAACUCUUCCUUGUGUGACUCGCAGCUCACGUGUGACAGCGCUGCUCCAAACUUGGCCAUCUCUAAGGACCGGCUUUCUUUGGGAUGUGGGGUUCACUCUCAGAGGAAUCAUGGCAGCCCUGCUUUCUGUGUUGGGGUCUCCCUUUCAGCUAUGGAGCAGCUUCAGUUCGCAGUGCAAAAGGAUCUUGCAAUGGCUGUGUAGCUAGCAGCAGCGUUUCUGAAGCAUCAGAGGAGAUGUCAGAGCCAUGAGGCUGAGGGACGGGACUCCCAGCACAAGGUUGCCCGUGUUUCAAAAGGGAGGCAGCCGUGCCAGCUGGAGAACCUCUCUCGCAGCUCCAUCCCCAGCAAAGAGCUGUCUCUAGAGCAGUUCGUGCUGCUUACAGGCAAGAUCAGCCUUUGCAUUUGAACCACCUUCUUGCAGAGGUGACAGGAAACAUCCUCUGGUUUAUGUUGUUCUAGCUGCAAAGGCCAGAGCAGUGUUCAUGAGGGAGCAAGCGAUGAGCACAUUUCCUGGUCAGCAGCCGGUGGCUCAUGCCAACGGUCAAGAGAGGCAGAAGAAAUCCCUUCAGAACAGCUCCCUCUCAAAAGACAUCCUUCUGCUUGAUGAACCGCAGGGAAAGGCAUCCUAAACCAGGCACUUUGACCUUGUUUUCAGCCCAGGUUCCCAGUGCUGGUGCACUCGUGAGCCAGUCGCUGCCCAUCUGCCACCAAGGGGAAUCGCCUCCGAGGCCAACUGUGCCAUGGGGAAAGGAAAGGGUGAGACGUCGGGAGAGUUUCAUUUAGUGCACAACACGGAUAAAGCCAUUCUCUCUGCAAUUAAAACUGAGGGUAUUUAAUUGAGUGAAAUGAGAUUUCAUUCCCCAUGACCUGUCUGAUUGUACUUUGAAUCUGGGCACGGGCUGCAGUGACCUGCCACAACAUUUGAGGUGUCACCAGCUGCAUUGUGGGUGGUAAAGUGGGAAAGGCAGGAGGGAGCCUCAGCAUCUCCCAUCCCAUGGGUGACUUCAUCACAAAGGACCAGGGCGGCGCCCGCUGGCUCCUGGGGCGGCUGUUGCCAGGCAACAGAGACACUAUAUUGUCCCCUGUCACCUGUGCCCCUCGCCCAUUUGGUCACUGGCCGUGGUGGGAUCACUUGCCGUGGUGGGAUCACUGUGGUGGUGGACUCAUUUUGGCAGUUGGAUCGCUUUCGUGGUGGGAUCGCUAUUGGUGGUUGCACCACUUUUGGUGGUAGGAUCGCUACUGGUGGUUGAACCACUUCUGGUGGUUGAACUGCUGUUGGUGGUUUUAUCACUUUCGGAACUUGGAUCUGUUUGGCGACUGGAUCACUUUCAUCACUCGGAUUGCUUUUGGCACUUGGAUCUGUUUGGUGACUGGAUCACUUUCUGUGGCAAGAAGGAGGAGGAGAAAGGCUGCUGGCUGCCCAUCCCUCCAACAUCAUCUCCGGACAGAAGAGCUCCCGUCUUCCCACAUCCAGUUCAGUGUUUUCGGGCAGAGCAGCAGCGAUGGCCACACGUGGACUGCUGGAGAUGCUGAACGCCGCCAUGGGGACACCCCAUUUGGGGGUUGUCGACUUGGUGGCACUGCACAAAUUGCUUGAGGCCAUCAUCGGGCAGCUGGGCCAGCAGGAGCUGUCUGUCCUGGAGCCAGGGCAGAGCCCGACCCCCGGCCUGGCAAAGGAUCAGGACAGCAAGGCCCAGCCUGGCCAGGAGAAGGAGGAGGAUGGAGCCCUGGGCACAGGGCAGCACCUCUGGAAACCAAAGCAGCAGCUGGAUGAGAAGGACACGCUGGAGGGGACCGGGAGCAACUCCAAGGUCUCCUCCGUGGCCAAGGAGGCCAUGCCAAAAACAACGGAAGAGGAGAAGAGAGAUGUCCCCAAGAAAAGGGCUUCGCUCCAGGACCUGUGGGAGGAGAUCAGCAAGUUUAAGGAGGCGCAGUCCAGCCUGGAACAGGACGUGCGGGAGAUGAAGGAGGCCAUGCAGGAGGCGCAUUCUGGCCUGGAACAGGACAUCCAGGAGGUGAAGGAGGCGCAUGUCGGCCUGGCAGAGGACAUGCAUGCCCUGCAGGAGGCGCAUUCCGGCCUGGCGGAGGACAUCCAGGAGAUCCAGGAGACGCUUGGCCUGGAGGGUGGUGGGGGCCAGUCUGCCCCCGCUGAGCCCACCCAGGUGGCCAUGGACAGCCAGGCCAGGAGGAGCUCAGCACUGGAGCCAAAGGGACGUGGGACACAGCCUGGGAUGGAGACCAGCAAGGGGACUGCAGGGUCUGGCUCCCCGGGGAUGCAAGCAGGGAUACAGGGGCAACCAGCGACCCCUGUGAAGUUGUCAGGCGCUCCCUCCAUUCACAAGAGGUCUAUUGGUGCCAACGCCACCACCCCGGGGAUGCAGCCAGGAUCCCCGGGCACCCAGGCCAGCACCUCCCUGGGGACACAACCAGGGGCCCCUGAUGCCCAGGCCAGCACCGCGGGGAUGCAGGCAGGAUCCCCUGGGACCCACACCACCACCCCUGGGGUGCAGCCUGGGUCCUCCAGCUCCAAAGCCACCAUCCCAGGGGAUGCCCAAGAGCCGGCCAAGCCCUGGGGCUCCACCAGCACCUCAAGCUACGAGUCGGAGAUGCGGGAGGUGCUGUCACAGGUUGGGCAGCUCGGCCAGCUCUGCGCUGGUCUGAAGGAACAGGUGGAGCAGCUUAAAUCUACAAAAGCAGAAAGCGCAGAUCUUGAGGACGUGCGCCGGCUCUUCCCAAAGGGAGGCCGGCAGAGCAUCACCAGCAUCCUGGCCGACCUCAGGUGCCAGGUGUCCUUCCUGCAGGACAUGGCCAGGGCCCUCCACGGGGAGAAGGAGAAGAUCAGCAAGGUGGAGGAUGCUCCCAGAAAGACGAGGGGGUCUGGAGCCGGUAGGAAAGCAGACGGCAGUGGCCAGAUGACCCAACAGCCGCGGCCCAAGGGACAGAAGGUCAAGGCAGAGCGCAAGGAGCUGGGGAAGCAGCAGGAGCCAACCCAGGCCGAGCUGGAGCAGUUUGCGGCCAAGUACGUGAAUAAGUUGGUGAUGGAGGCAGCACAGCAGCUGCAGGCAGAGCAGGUGGACGAGCCGAGGACGACGGCGCAGAGCGGGGGACACGAACACGCAGGGUGCCACGUCUGCAGCCCGGACACCAGGGUGCUGCUGGGGAAGCUCCUCCAGCGCUGCGAGAAGCUCGAGGAGCAGGUGGAGUCCCUGGUCCAGAAGGCGGGCAGCAAGGUGGAGAGUCAUCCGAAGUGGAGGAGACAGUCCCUGCAGCAGGACGAGCAACUCAAGUGCCUCCAGGCCAGCAUCAUGCAGCUACAAAAGGACUAUGAGAAGUUGAGCUCGGCCCUUGCAAACCUCCAGCAGGAUCGUCAGCAGAAGCAGAAUGACAUCAAGGCUCUGUCCCAGGCCCUGGGGAGGCUGGAGAAGAAGCAAGCAGACAAGGAGGAGCUGCUGGUGCUGGGAAUCGAUGAGAAAGCAGACAAAGCCGCCCUGGCUGACAAAGUCAGUCGCAGCCAGCUUGAGGCGUGCGAGGAGCGGCUGACCAAGAUGAUGGAGGAGGUGACGAGCCGGGUGACGGGCCAGGAGAACGGCUGGCUCCAGUUCCAGAAAGAGCUGCAGAGACAGAUGGACUGCAAGCUGGACCGCCGGGAGCUGGGGGCGUUCCGGCAGCAGCAGGAGGAGCGGUGGAAGAGCCUCAGCGGGCAGCUCCAGGAGAAGGCGCUGCAGGCAGAGCGUGACGAUGCCGCUGGGAUUAGGAAGCAGCUGCUGCCCGGUUUCCAUUGCCUGUCCUGCGACCGGCCCCUCAACAUGCUGGCACCUGGACCGGAGCGGACGGGCGAGUGUAGAUACCCCACUGUUCCGCGGAGCUGCGGAGGCCAACACACCGUCACGCCCCCGCGUUUCCAGCCCAAACCGCCCAGCACCCCACGGCCAUCCAAACCCAGUGCCCGCAGCCCCAACAAGAAGGACGCGAUGCAGCUGUCGGGCCAGGACGGCACUGAUGGGAACCAGCAGGACGAGCAGCUCUCCAUGAUGGGGGGCUCUGAGCUGCCCACAAUGCCAAGGGCCACCCCAGACACCUCGACCUCCAGGAACCGGCCAAGCACCCGCUCCUCGCUGAGAUCAGCCGUGCUGCAGCACCUACCAGUCUCGUCUCCCAGACGCUUCACCCUGGCACCGCAGCUGCUGCCGCCCAUCCAGCCCCCCCGCCGUGAACCAACCCCCUGACAGCCGGGCAGGACGGGGUCCCGGCCCCGGUCCCACCGCCCCGGGCACUGAGCAGGCAGCGGCUGCAAUAAAUGGCGAUGGGAAACCAAGCACCGGUGUGGUCUGAGAGGAGUCCCUGGGGCAGGAUGGCAGAAAGCCCCGCUGUGUUUGCUUUUUCAGGAGAAAAAUAAGUGCUAAAAAGGCGCUUUGGGGGUGCCCAGGUGGAUCCAGUUGGUAUCCAGGCCCCCCAGAAGGAGCACGGGGAGCAAACCAGUUGGCACCAGGGCAGAGCCAGCAGAGGCCCAUCCUGCCCCCGGGUGGGGCUGAGGUGUCCAUGGGCUUCAGAAACACCCCUGGGACUAACUGGGGGGACGGGGUGAGGGGGGAACCAGGGGGCUGUGCAAGAAGCCGGGCUGGCUGUCGGCAGCCGGAGGAGGGGAGCGCUUUGCGCUUUGCUCUGGGUCAGGGGAUCCAGAACUGGGGGAUGCAGCAGCUUCGUGCCCCGCCCCGGGGUGCCCACGGCCGCCGUGUCGCAGCGCUUUGCAGUCGCAGGAAAGCACCGGGCAGCUCUAGUUGAUGGACGCUCUGGUCAUGCCCACACCCCCCGGCCGACAGACGGGGCCCUCGUUUAAUGAAACGCCUCGGACCAGAGAAGCUUCUAGAGCACUGACCAUAUACGGGCCCAGCUCGGAUUCCCUUGGGCUUUAAAAGGAGCCUAUGGGAGCUUCUGGCAGUUUGUGUGCGGGGCUGUGGGGCAGAGGGUUGUCCUCAGACAACAGGGAACAGAGAACAGGGAAAAUGGUUUACUCACACCUGGGAGUCCUAAAGCAGGGGCUGACAUCAAAGCCUUUUUAAGUUCUUAAAGGUUCGUGUGGCUUCCUUAUUGCAUUGCAGGUGUCUCUGGUCCACAGGGUCCAGGUCACGCACGUCUCCUUGGUUCUAGUAGUGAUUAAAAUGUCAUCCACAUAUUGUAGCAUCUGUCCCUCAUCAGACGGGGCUUCCAGGCCAGGCGGCGACUGUCCCCCCGCUUCAGCCCCCGCGGGCGGCGAGCCCGGAGGAGAGGAGCUGCAGCUCCAGCUCCAGCAGCCGCCGCUUUCCCCCCCGACACCUUUUUCCGCCGCUUUAGCAGCCAGUCAGCUUUUUACUUCUUUUCUUCUGGCCGCAGCUUAUGGGGGGGGAGCUGCCGGGCCUGAACUUCAUGUUCAAACUUCACAGCACAGGCUUGGGCUCCUCUUGCCCUUUUUCUUCAUUUAAUUCCUGUGACUAUAAACUUUAUAUGCAAUUUCAGUUAGCUGAGCAAUACUUACAUCCCUCAGCUCCUACCUUCUGUAAUUUCUUACGGAUGUCAAUAAACAGCAUAUUAAGCGUCAAUCCCUUCCAUUAAUUUUAGAUCCAAAUCAAUGUGUUCGCAGAACAACACUAACUGCAAUACAGCUAACCCAGAAUUUCACAUUCAAAUCACUUCCCCCACUAAUUUACUCGCACGUGCACAGAUGCAUCUGAAGGGGGAGCAAGGUGGUACUUUAGUAAUGGAACCGGUUCUCAUUUUGUAAUUACCUCCCCAAACAAAUUCUUUUGAUACCAAAUAUAAAUAUAUGACGUAAAUAUUGCUCCUGCUAACGUUGUCGGCGCGGCUUCUUUCCUCAGGGGAUCCGUCCGGCAGUCGGUGGCCCACGGUUGCUCGGCAACAGCAGAAGCGGAUUGAAGGGACCGGCCGCUGGAGGAUGCCGAAGCCUCCCGGGUCAGCGAUGGGAGCAGCUUUGCGUAAAGCGAGGGGUACGUGAAGCCGGGCGUGCGGUGCCGACCGCCCAGCAGAUGCCGGUCCCUGUUUUCUCUUCCCGCUUUUGAAGAGAAGCUGCCGAGUCAGCGUACGCUGCGGUGAAGUUCUACAAGAUGCGGCCCUCAGGAACCGGUUGCUGUGGGGUUGCUCGUGCGGCCAGCUUUUGGUGUCGGUUGUUCCGGCGCUCCGUCGCGGUGUAGAGCCGGCCCCGUACGUAGCGGUGAGGCGUACCGCAGUUCGGUUUGAUUCUCGGAUAGGCCUCGGCUCUGACUGUGCACUCGAACGCCAAAACCUACAGCGGAAGCUGCGGUGGCUUUAGCGUGCAAGGGGCGCGAGCGCCGUGAAGCCGCCCGUGUGGCCGAGCGUCCCGAUCGCGGCGCUGAGCGUUAGACGGACUUGAGCCGCGUGCCGGAAUCGUUUUGUUUUGGAGAGGGCGGGAUAAACUUGGAGCACAACUUGUGAGGGCGGUACGUCGUGGGCAGGUUUUAGUAUUGCCUGUGGAGUGCCGCUAGAAGCGUUCGUAGUUCUUGCUUGUCUCUGUUACAAGGUGAGCCGUGUCGUCCUGCGUGACGCGUAACGGGAGGACGGCGCGGUAGCGGUGCUCUGCACAAGAGCCCGUUGUGGGUAUUUUAGCUCGCGGGAAAGGGAUUGGGGAACCACCUGGUGGUAAUGCGAGGAGAGCAGCCCUGGCGGAAUCUGAGGAGCCGAGGCCAUUGUAUAAAUGGGACAAGGAAGGAAAGGCUGCGGGCAAAGCGCGGUGCUGCACCCGGCCGCCCCAACGCGGAACUCUAAUGUGGAAUUCCUGUGUUUCAGAGGGGGAGCUGUGACCGCCCCGUGCUCAGCAGACCCCCCAGCCCGGGUGGGGGGAGCAGCGCCGGAGCGGGAGACGCGGCUCCGUCCUCCGUCCCCAGCGUGCCGGGGGGCGGCUGCCGGCCUGUGGGACGUGGCUGCGGCUGUUCGGGGCGCUGCCCCCCCAUGUUUGGGCGCUCUGGUAUGUACAUAGGUAAAUGGCGUUUUAAAGUAAUGUGCUGCCCGCUGGGGCUGUUUUCCUUUUCUACCUUUUUUUUUUUGAGUGAAUAAAUGGGGGGACUCGGGGGGUGACGAUGAUGUUGCUGGAGGAGCAGGCCAGUGAGAGAUGGGGGCUUUCAGCCCCAAAAUGCCUGAACAAUCAUGGGUGGGGUGUUUAGUGGUACUGUGGGGAGGAGAAAUUUCUCCCUGUCCGUUGCAGAGAAAACAGAACAAUCCCACAUCAAAGCUGUCCUAGAGAAGUACUUGCUGUUUGUCAUUCCGGUUCUAGAGCAGCCCGAUGUGCUGUUAAAGGUUGUGGUGGUGCGGGUCAGGGAUCCCCAGGCUGUGCCGAGACCGCAGGACGGCUGCUGGUGGAACAAAGUCAAGGACAACUUCUCAGAGACAGGCGAUCCGGAGGGAAAGAAGGACAGAGAGAAGAGAGUUGGAAAAACUGACAAUGUUUUACUAAUGCUAUAUUAAGAGUAGAGAAAAUAAUACAAAACCAAUCCUGAAAGUCUCAGCAACUGCAGAGCCGGCACCUGAAGUCCUGGACUGGACUCUGCAGCCAACCGGAGCUGGAUUCAGUCUCUCAGCAGGCCUCAGUUUGCAGGGACGACUAGCAAGGUCCUCUCCUAAUGUCACCAUAAGCAGAAGGGACGAAAAGGGGCAAAGAGGACAAGAUCCUCAUGAUCUGCCACUUCUAUAUGAAGUAUUCAUGUGAAGGGGAUGUUAUACACAGUUGGUCAGUUUGUUGGUCACCUGUUUCUUGUUGCUCCUCUUGCAAGAUGUGAAUCUGUCCUUAUCAACAAGUAAGCAUUCCAUUGCAAUGUUUAUCAAAACAUGUAUGUAUCUGGUUCUCCAGGAAAAUGCAGCUAAUAUGAAGCUUUAGCUGACAGGCAAAUUCACUGAAAGAGAAACUUGUUUUUUAACAAAACCAGGACAGCCCCCUCCCCAAUCCCCUCAGGACUCCUCUGAUUCCCAUCUGCUCCUCUCAGGACAGCUGAGCUUGUCUUUUGGGGCCCCUGAGAGCCCCCAUUUACCUUCUUUUACCUACCUUUGUUGUUGUUCCCAGCCUAUCCUGGUGUUUUCCAUCCUUCAGGACUUACUUAUUACUGUUGUGAGAGUCCGAGAGAAAAGGAGGAGUGUCUGUGACUUACAACUGUCGUUGUUGAUCUACAGUGUUUUAGAGACGGAUUCUUGCAGGAUCUAUUUCUGGUUCGUCCUUCACUCCUCCCCAGACCGCAGCACUGGUCCGAGUUCCCCAGCACACGUGUGUGUGUCCAGCCGUUUAGAAUUAAAACUUAAAUAAGAUCAACCAGAAGAUUCUUUGGGAGUGAGUAAUGCCUGUCAUCUACUCUAGCUGUUACUCAAAACUCUGCAGACAGUAAUUAUCCCCAAUUUAUGUAGUAAAAUUUAAAAGAGUGGAAUAUAAAUACUGGAGCGCUAAUUGGAAGUAAUACCUGUAGAGAAAAAAACCUCUAGUUUAUAUCUACAAUAAAAAAUAAUGUGUGCUAGUAAAUCCGCCUGGUAGUAAUGUAAUGAUAAACAUGUUAAAGUGUAAAUAGAUGAAAUUAUAUAGGCAUGAGCAAGAAGUAAAUUUAAUUUCAGCUAUUACUUGGUGAACUAGGCAGCAGUUGUUCCCAAUCUGAAUGCUAGUUUAAAAAACACAUUGUUUGGAAUUCCUUUUAAAUGAUAAAGGCAGAAAACUAAUGUGGAGUCAUUGGUAGCUUCAUUUGAACAACCGUUAUGAAAUAAACCGCAGACAUGAAUGACUGCAUAGGAAACAAAGUGAGGAAGCUUUAGAUUUUAAACAGCAUUGGGAAGUGAUCGGGAGUAUUUAGUAUUUAAAUUAUAACAGAGCCACGAGAUUGGAGGCAACAAAGCUCAGAACCAAACAGAGUCAAAACGUUACAUUUCUUUUUUUAAAGAGAAGUAUAAAGGAACCACGAAGUAGUGGCUGUUUAUAAACAGAGGUAUUAAAAAGUUCCCAGGCAGUAAUGAUUCCCAACAGAACACUAAAAGAUAUUUAGAUGUAAAAUAAUAUUAGAAAACAGUUAUGACAGUCUGAAUUUAACCACAGCUUUUUUGGGGUUGUGCAAAAACAUGACCGCUAUUAAUUACCUCUGAGUUAAAAUAAAAAGACAUCAAACUAGCUCUGAUUAACAACAGCUAAUUUUAAUUUUUCAGUGUGCUAUCCAGUCCGGCUUCUCCCUCCAAGGGCGUGGUCUGAGAAAGCCACACCCCCAACUCCCCCCCGUCCAAGCUCCGCCCCUGCCAGUCUGUGCCCUCCCCGAGGCGCGUGUCCCUUACAGACCCCUCCCAGCAGCAUAAUGCAUCGAAGCCCCGCCCGCGGCUCCACCCCUAAUCUCAGCCCCUGCUAAACCACGCCCCCUCAGAGCACGUGCUGUACAGAGCCCACUCUACUCUCGGCUCCACCCCUCCCUUCCUAAGCUACGCCCUCUUUGGGCGUGUCUUUCUCCCUACCCCAAGCGGCUCCUCCUAUGGGGGUGUGACACACGGAGGCCCCACCCCCUGCCCAGUUCCCCCAGGUGGGCCUCCCAAUGGGCGUGUCCUCCCAGUCCACGCCCCUCAGCACGGAUCCCACCCCCGUGGGUGGGGCUACACCCAGCUGCGCGCGCGGCCCCCCCACCCAUGUGUGACCCUCAGUAACCCCAUGGCAGCCCUAUGGCUGCCCCACAGGUACCGCUACAGCAGCCCUGCUCCUGCCCCGCAAGAGCUCCAGACACGCCUCUGCAGAGCCCCCACAGCAGCCACUUCAGUGCCCCACAGCUAUCACCGCAGCCGCCCCAUCGCGUCCCACGGCCGCCGCUGCGGGACCCCUUGAGCCCCCGGCCCCACACCCGCCCCGCAGCCCCACAGCGCGCGGUCUCGCAGCCGCGGUGCCGGUGAAGCCACGUGCCGGCCGCGGCCGGAGGAGCCGCCGGUUUUCCCCCCCCACACCCCGAUCGCUGCUGCCGCGGCCGGAGGAGCCGCCCGUUUCCCCCCCCCCCCCACACCCCCCGAUCGCUGCUGCCGCGGCCGGAGGAGCCGCCGGUUUCCCCCCCUCACACCCCCCUAUCGCUGCUGCUGCCGCGGCCGGAGGAGCCGCCGGUUUUCCGCCCAGCCCCGACUCUCCUCCUUCCUCCUCAAUCGCCGCUGCAUGCCGCCACGAUGUCUUCUCUUCCGCCAUCUUGUUUCCCCCUUCUGCUCUCAUUCGCUAUUUUAUACCGAGGGAGGGAGGAGGCGCUCGCUGAUUGGCUGACAGUGUGAGCCUCGGAAGUCGUCCAUUGGCUCAUCCCCACGAGGGGUUCUCCGAGGGGGUGGGAGAAAGGCGCUGAUUGGUCACCGUGUCGCUGAGGGGAGGAAGGCACUGAUUGGUCACUUUCCGCCGAAGUUCGCCCUCCCAGUAACAGGCGCUGAUUCGCUAGCGCCCCUGAGGUAGAAAAGGCGCUGAUUGGUCGGCGUUUUCUCGCCGACGUUAGCCCACAGCAACGAAGCGCUGAUUGGGCAGCGCGGCUGACGGGGCGGCUCGGCCAUUGGCAGGAGGGCGGGCGGGGGGCGGGACCGGGCGGGACAACGAGGUAAUAAAUGGGGCGGCGCAGAACGCGCGGAGGACCAGAAAGGCGGAGGCGGCAGCGGCAGCGCGAGCUCAUGGUCCCCCCCCCCCGCCCCCCCGCGGCGGGAAACCCGAGAACGGCAGGAACGGCGGCCGGAAUCAGUUAACGGGGCGGGUCAGGGCGGUAAUUAUCGUGCGGGUGUUAAUUGGGGCUCGGCGGGUUAAUGAGUGACCGGUGGGCUGGGGUGUAUCUGGGGGUUUUGAUCGGAACUGGGGUUUUAAAGCCGCGGGUUUGUGGGGGGGGGGGGGGGGGGCGGGGGCGAUUAAGGCUCCCGGAGCCGCUUUAGCGGCUUAAAUAGUUGUGUUGAACGCGGGAGGAGCCGGUUCGGGGCUUUUCUCAGCAAGCGGGGCUGGUUUGGGUCUAAUUAGGCUUUUAAAAGAUGUUUUUACGUAAUUUUUGGGUGCCGAUUUGUGCCAGAAGGCGCCUUUGAAAUCUGUUUAUUGAGGGUUUAUCAGGAGAAUUAAAGUUUAAAGCUCGGGGAGAUUUGGGGCUUUUCCCCGGGAUUUUGAGUCCAAAUCGGUUUUUUUAGAGCCCUUAUUUAUUUAAAUUGUUAUGUUUAAAGGGUUUAUUUGAGGUUUUAUUUGGAACAUUUUGGGCGGGUUUGAGGCUCCUAAGAUUUAAUUGUUGGUUUAUUAUUUGAUUUAUUAUUUCACUGCGGUUCGGGGCUCCUGAAGACGCUGAGUUGUUUCAAUUAUUUAGCGCUGUGAGGAGCCGUUUUGGGGCCGUUGGGGUCUAAAUCGGCUUUUUGAAAGGUUUAUUUAACGCGUUUAAAGUUUGAGGGGCCGAUUUGCGACUUUAAAGCUUUUUGAAUCUACUUAUUGAUAAGAAUUUAUACAAUAGAUUAAUAUUUAAAGCCCGGGGGGAGAUUUGGGGCUGUUUCCCAGGAUUGCGAGUCCAAAUGCGUUUUUUUCUGUUAACCGCUUAUUAAUUUAAAUUAUUAUAUUUAAACGGGGCUUUUUGAGGUUUUAUGAGGGUUUUUUUGAGCAUUUUGGGCGGUUCUGAGGCUCCUAAAGCCGCUUAAUUGUUUAAAUUAUUAAUUGUUAAAAUAAUGUAAGUAGUUGUUGAAAUAAGUGUGUAAGUUAUUGUAUUUAAAGCCGGGAGGGGCAUUUCGUUGCUUUUUAGGGGGUUUUAGGGCUGAAUUCACUUCAUUGAACGUGUCUAGAGCUGGGGGUCCCAGAUCUGGUGCUGAUUUGGCCCCAAAAAAAGCUUUAAAAAUGUAUUUAUUUAUAUAAUUUACUGAAUUAAUAUUUAAGCGGGAACAUGUUCGGCUUUUUUAACCCGCCGCCAUUUUGUCUCCCCCGUCCCGCUCUCCCUCACGCUGAGGGGGCCGAGGAGACGCUCGCUGAUUGGCCGGUGCCGUCUGGCGGGAAAGCCUCCCCCGGCUCAGCCCCGCUCGGCUGUCUCCGAGGGAGAGAAAGGCGCUGAUUGGUCGCUGCCUCUGAGGAGAGAAAGGCGCUGAUUGGUCGCCGCCUCCCUAAACCCACCUCCUGCGCAGAGAACAGCGACGGCAGCCUGGCCACGCCCCCUCCGGCUGACCGCGCCCCCCGCUCCGGCUGACCGCGCGUGCCCCCCCCGCAACUCGGCUGACCGCGUGCCCCCCCCAACUCCGGCUGACUGUGCCCCCCCGCCCCCCGGCUGACCGCGUGCCCCCCCCACUGCACUCCUGCUGACUGUGCGCCCCCCCCACCUCCUCCGGCUGGCCACAUCUCCACUGCACACCAUGGCGGGGAUGGGGCGGGGGGGGAUCACAAGGGUCUAUGGGGCGGUGUGGGGGUCAGGGCGGCUGUGGGGUCAAUGGGGUUGUUGUGGGGUGAAACACCCCUGAAGAGGCUGAACCCCCUACAGGUGAGUGACCCACACAGUGCCCCACAGUGCCCCAUAGCACCUCCAUUCUGCCCUACGGAUCCACAACACUGCCCCACAGCACCCUAUAGCUCCUGCUUGCUAUCCCACAGCACCCCAUGGCUUCUCCACUCUGCCCCAUAUGUCUACAGCAGUGCCACAGAGUACCUCAUAUGUCUUCCACUCUGCCCCGUGGGUGCAGAGUGCUGCCCUACAGCACCCUAUAGCUCCUGUACUCUGCCCCAUAGAUCUACAGUGCUGUCCCACAGCACCCUAUAGCUCAUCUGGCCUAUAGACCCACUGUACUGCCCUACAAUGCCCCAUGGCUCCUACACUCUGCCCCAUAGACCCACAACACUGCCUCACAACACCCCAUUGCUCCUGCACUCUGCCCCAUGGAUGCCCAGUACUGCCCCACAGCACCAUAUAGGUCCUGUACUCUGCCCCAUAUAUCCACAGGAGUGCCCUGCAGCACCCCAUGGCUCCUGCACUCUGCCCCAUGGAUGCCCAGUACUGCCCAACAGCACCAUAUAGGUCCUGUACUCUGCCCCAUACAUCCACAGGAGUGCCCCCCAGCACCCUAUGGCUCCUGCAUUCUGACCCAUGGAUGCCCAGUACUGCCCCACAGCACCAUAUAGGUCCUGUACUCUGCCCCAUACAUCCACAGGAGUGCCCCCCAGCACCCCAUGGCUCCUGCACUCUGCCCCAUGGAUGCCCAGUACUGCCCCACAGCACCAUAUAGGUCCUGUACUCUGCCCCAUACAUCCACAGGAGUGCCCCCCAGCACCCUAUGGCUCCUGCAUUCUGACCCAUGGAUGCCCAGUACUGCCCCACAGCACCGUAUAGCUCCUCUACUCUGCCCCAUACAUCCACAGGAGUGCCCCCCAGCACCCCAUAGUGACUCUACUCUUCCCCAUAGACCCACAGUGCUGCCGCACAGGACUCUACCCUGCCCCUUAGACCCAGAGAGCUGCCCCACAGCAGCCUGUAGGUGCUGCGUUCUGCCCCAUUGGUGCAAAGUGCUGCCCCACAGCGCCCCACACCUCUGUCCACCUGACCACCCUUCCCUCCUGACUGCGCCUGCACUGCCCACUAUGGGUGGGUCACAAGGGUCUAUGGGGUGGUGUGGGGGUCAAGGCAGCUGUGGGGUCAAUGGGGUUGUUGUGGUGUGAAACACCCCUGAAGAGGCUGAACCCCCUACAGGUGAGUGACCCACACAGUGACCCACAGCAGCCCAUAGCCCCUCUGCCCUAUAGAGUCACUGCACCCCAUAGCUGCUUUUACUCUGCCCCAUAAAUGGACAGCAGUGCUGCACAGCACCCUAAGUCUCCACUGUGCCCCAUAGACACACAGUGCUGUCCCACAGCACCCCAUAUCUUGUUCACUCUGCCCUAUAGACCCACAGUGUAACCCUACAGCACCCCAUAGUUCCUCUGCCCUAUAGAUCAACAGCACUGUUCCAGAAAACACCAUAGCUUCUUCCCAGUAGCCCAUAGGCCAGCAAUUCUGCCCUACAGCGCACUAGCUCCUGCACCCUGCCCCAUAGACCCACAGCAGUGCCCCACAGAUCCAGUCUGCCCUAUACAGCCACAGCACUGCUCUGCAGCACCAUAUACUUCCAGCACUCUGGCCCAUUGAUAUGUAGCACCCCACAGCUGCUGCAUUCUGCCCAUAGAUCGACGUUCCUGGGUCCCCUCACCCCACCAGCUGUCCUGGGUUGCGAUGCUGCACGGGGCCCUGUGCACAACAAAAUGAGGACAGCAUGGCUGCUGGGCGCCACCCUGCUUGGAAUCCAAGAUGGCUGGGGGGGGAGGGCUGGCAGCCAUGCUGGCACUGCCGGAGGGGCUGUUGGUCUGCGCCGUGCUCAGGCGGCAGCUCCCGGCUGUAUCGGCUGCUCCUGUGGCCCUGCACCCUGCCCAUGGGAACAAGGUGGCUGCCCUGAUGGGCGUGGCCAUCUCGGCUGCUGUGUCCCUGCUGGUGGGCGGGGCCAUGGCUGUCAUGGCUGCCAAGCCUGUGCUGGAAGGGUGGGGCUGGGGUGGGCGGGGCCUGCCUAGGGUGGCCAUUUUGGGGUGGGGCCCAAGGUGGGUGGUGGGGCCUGUGGCUCUGUUUACCCCUGACGGCCAUCUUGGAAAAGGGCAGCGCUGUGCCGCUGCCAUCCUGACGUUGCUCCCCCAGGGCCAUGUUGGGGGAUUUUUAACCUGGUUUUGGGGCCAAUUCUCACCCAAUAAAAUUAAAUAAUGUAAAAAAACCUUAA